GUGACUAGUCAUAUGACUCCAAUCACCUGAUUCAAAGUUUCUACUACAGUCAACGGGAAUAUGUAACGCCAUAACGAAUACUACAGUUAAAUUGGUUGGGAUGUUGUAAGCUUAACAUGGCUCACAGGGCACCCAGUGCCGCCAUGCUCGUCGUAACUUUUGUCCUUUUAUUCGUCCCCUUCGCGUCCGGAGCUCGCUACACAGCCGACUGGACGAGUCUGGACGGACGACCGCUGCCCUCCUGGUACGACGAGGCGAAGGUGGGCAUCUUCAUCCACUGGGGAGUGUUUUCCGUACCCGGCUUUGGCAGCGAGUGGUUCUGGUGGCACUGGCAAGGUCAGAAACCUCCGGACCCCAAAUGUGUGGCGUACAUGAGCAAAAACUACCCGCCCGGGUUCAGCUACCCGGAGUUUGGCUCCCACUUUCACGCUCACUUCUUCGAGCCCGAGGAGUGGGCGGAUAUAUUCAACGCUUCUGGAGCAAAAUAUGUCGUCUUGACAGCCAAACACCAUGAAGGUUUCACCAACUGGGAAUCUCCCAACUCUUGGAACUGGAAUUCCGUCGAUAUUGGUCCUCAUAGAGACCUUGUCGGAGACCUGGGGGAGGCAGUGCGAAAUCGGUCGCUGCACUUUGGACUCUACAACUCCCUUUACGAGUGGUUCCACCCUCUUUACCUGACGGACAAGCAGAAUGGAUUCAAAACACAGGACUUUGUGCUUCACAAGCUAUUACCAGAGCUGUAUAACAUGGUUGUAAGGUACAGACCUGAGGUGAUCUGGUCUGAUGGAGACUGGGAGGCGCCGGACACAUACUGGAACUCCACCCAGUUCCUUGCCUGGCUCUACAACGAUAGUCCUGUUAAAGAUACAGUGGUGACCAAUGACAGGUGGGGAGCUGGCUGUGCAUGUAAACAUGGAGGUUAUUACAACUGUGAAGACAAGUACACUCCAGGCCAGCUGCCCACACAUAAGUGGGAGAAAUGCACGUCUGUGGACAUGCUGUCUUGGGGUUAUCGCAGGAACAUGAAGAUGAGUGAUCUGAUGGACCUGCCCACCAUCAUAGAGGAUCUGGUUCAGACUGUGGCGCUGGGAGGUAACUACCUCCUAAAUGUGGGCCCCACCCCUGACGGAAUGAUCCCACCUGUGUUUGAGGAGCGGCUGCGGGGAGUCGGUGCUUGGCUGGAAGUCAACGGGGAGGCCAUCUAUGCUUCCAAACCUUGGAGGGUUCAGAUGGAAAACACCUCUGUGCCAGUAUGGUAUACAUCCAAAGCGGACAGCAUUUAUGCCAUCUUGACAACUAAACCCUGCAAGCCUACUGUGCAACUUUUGGAACCCAAAACAUCAGCAACCACCAAGGUGAAGUUGUUGGGGAACCCAACGCCUUUAUCUUGGUCUCCACUCAAGCCCAAUGCCGGCCUUACUAUUCUUUUACCUGAACUCCCCUACACUGCAGGACAAGCGUGGACCAUCAAGCUGGAUGGCGUAGAGUGAACGGUCAAUAUCACAAGGGCAAGAUGACCGAGGAGCUGACGGAAUGAGAGCAGAGGACAUUUGAGCUUUUGCUACAUUAUACAGUGGACUACACUCGGAACUCCUAGAUUUUCACAUAUUCCUCCUCCUCUGGAUGGAAGUUCAAAAGGGAACAAAAAGUAUGCAAUGUUUGAAUCUGCCCUUUUUUUUUUUUUCAAUUUCAAACUCCUCAUGGGGGGUGUCCAUCAUCGAUCCCAGAGAGAAAUGUCAUCCCAGAGUUCAUGUCCCUUUUGUUGUCCAUUCUAGCAGCGCUUUUUAAGACAUGGCCUAACACAUUAAGCUACUUAUUGUACACAAGACUCAUCCUUUGAUAUAUAUAUAUAUAUAUAGUAAGUUUAUAAGAAUGACAGCGGUGGUAAUAAUUAACCUCCUGUUGAAUGGCAAUAACCAUACUACCAACUAAUAAUCAUAUUGCAGUAACAAUAUAUAUGAUAUUGAGUAAAGCAAUGUUCGCUGGGGACAUGUAUUUACAUUUUUGUAAACAAAAGAGUGGCAGGGUGUUUUUGUGUGUGUUGGUGAUCCACUUUGUUAUAACAUUGCAGUGUUGAUACACAUCAGUCAAAUACAGUACACCUUAGUGCUAAAGGCACAUUGGAGUUUCAGUUACACGUCUCUUGGCUGCUCUGAGGACUCUUAACAUUUCCAAAUGGGACGUGUAAACAUGAUUGUGUUACACGUACAAUUAUGUUUACGUUGUCCCAUUUUGUAUAAUACAUACAGUUAUGAGAAACAUUUAAACAAAACUAUACUUUUUGGCAGCAGUUACGAGCAAUGAUGUUCUCAUGAAAUUGCUUCGCUUCUUCAUCGUCAUUAUUCUUAAAUCAACAUUUGCGAGGGCCUUUCACUACCCAAAAGAACAAAAAUUGGCCACAAUCUUUUGAAGCCUGUUGUGUAUAGCAAAAUGUAACUUGGUAGGCAUAUCUAUCAUGACUCGAACGAUCCCAAUAAACUAAUAAAUAAAUAAGUAAGUAAAAAAAAUGCCCCAAAAGACAUAAGAUGGUCAUUUGGGUUUGAGCUGACCAUUUUAGGGUCAAUUUGACCUUUUCCAGUGAUCCUUCAAAGACGAAGUAGCUCGUCAUUAUUAUUAAUUGUUGCUGUUAAAAUACAAUAUAAGAUAAAAGAUACAAUAAAACAAAUUUAGUAUAAAAAUAUAUAAACAUCUUGAGACAUACAUAAUUGAAUUGUAAAAAUAAUGGGGAAAAAACAAAUUCAGCCC